AUGUCUUCCAAAAGAUAUCUCAGUCUGUUCAUAUCUAUCAAUCUGUUCAUAUCUAUCUACCUAUCACUAUUCAUAUCUCUCUACCUCUAUUUUUGUCUCUCUCUCUCUAUCUACCUUUAUUCAUAUCUAUCUAUCUAUCUAUCUCAGUCUGUUCAUAUCAAUCAAUCUCUGUUCAUAUCUAUCUACCUAUCUCUGUUCAUAUCUCCCUAUCUCUCUUUUCGUCUCUCUCUCUCUCUCUAUCUACCUUUAUCUGUCUCAGUCUGUUCAUAUCUAUCUACCUAUCACUAUUCAUAUUUCUCUAUCUCUCUUUUCAUCUCUCUCUCUCUCUACCUUUAUUCAUAUCUGUCUAUCUAUCUCAUAAUUCUCUUUUUCUAUCAUCCUGUUAUUUCUCUAUUUAUUUUCUAUCUGUCCUUACCCUUUUCUCUUUUUGCUUUUUCAGCAUCCUCAUUCAUUAAUCGGUAUUUUUACUUCAUUUUUCUUCACUCUCUACUUCCUUUCACUCUGUUUUUCAUUCUUUUUUUUCUCCUUGAUCAGACAUAUUCUGCUCUAGUUCUUCUUCAUUUUCCCCUUUCUUUGUCGUCUCUUAUUCUCUCUCUGUUUUUUCCAUUUUAA